AAUGACCCGAGGACGGGGGUCCCCCUUGCCCGCUCUCCCUCACCCAGCUGUCAGUCUGCAGCCUCCCACGUGGUCCAGCUGGGCGGGCGCGUCCGCAGCAGUUGAAAGCGCAGUUUUUUAGAAAAUCAUCGGAUCCAUUAGCUGCACUUGUGCAUCUCUACCGGAGGAAACUCCGGGUGCUCUUUCCAUUCACAUCGAACUACCGACGCUUGGAGGAAGAACUGCGCGCGCUCUGCGUCUUUUUCCAAAGCUAAUCUAAAGCGCCGCUUUGAACUCGGAUUUAAAACAAAGUAUUUUUUUUGUUUGUUUUUUACUCCGUUUGGUUCGUUUCAUCUCACGGUCUGGUGACCUGACAACAGUCUCAAAAGUUGAUACUUUGGUUGCUUCUGCUCACCGACUGGAGUUGGACACGAGCUUGCAGGAUGAUGGACGCGUCCAGCGAGGCUUUUGGGGAGAAGAAGCCGGCGUGUGAGUGUGCCACCAAGCCCAUGGUCCAGCGGUGGCUGCCGGGGUUCCCCAUUGCCCUCUGCCUGCUCAUGUCGCUGAGCUCCAUCACCGUUUGUCUUCUGAUGAGCUUCAAGACCCACGACCUGGAGAGCCGACUGCAGAUGGAGAUCAUGGACAAAGUCUCGCUCCAUCCCGCGCACAGGUUCUUCCAAAACGAGGAUGGGACCCUCAUUUCAGAACUACGCACCCCGAUAGGAAAGCUAGUGGAAGAGAGAGUGGUGGCUCUAAUGCCGAAGUUACGCACGGCCAGAGAUGUCCAAGAGUGCUCCUGUCCUCCAGGACCUCCAGGGAAACGUGGGCGAAUAGGAAGAAGAGGAGAACCUGGGCCUCCUGGCAAAUCUGGACGAGAUGGAUACCCGGGCCCUCUUGGCUUGGACGGCAAACCGGGUUUACCAGGUGUCAAAGGAAGCCAGGGGCUGCCCGGACCCAAGGGAGAGAAGGGGGACCAAGGAGACAUUGGGCCAAGGAUGAUUUACCCGCGGUAUGACCACGGCUUUCUCUCUGGGGAGCAGUCCAGCAGCUUCCAGAGACGCUUUCUGAAGGGUGAUCAGGGCCAAGCCGGACCCGCUGGUCCUCCUGGUCCUCCCGGUCAACCUGGUGCCCGCGGCCCCCCUGGAAACACUGGCAAGGAUGGGCCUCGUGGUCCUGCUGGUGAGCCGGGUUUGCCAGGUCGUGAUGGAGCUGAGGGACCACAGGGGCCGCCUGGGAAGCUGGGAGAGGACGGUGAGCCAGGCUAUCCAGGACUUCAGGGUCCUCCAGGGUCAAAGGGAGAGCCAGGUGUGGGAGAGAAAGGAGAGAGAGGCAUGGACGGGCUCCCAGGAUUUAAGGGUGAUAAAGGAGAAAUGGGAGAACAAGGACCUCAAGGACCCAUGGGUCAUCCUGGUGAAAAGGGCGCUGCAGGCUCCUCAGACAUUGUGGACUUCAACGGCAAACUCCUGGAUGCUUUCCAGGCCAUCAACACCAUCAGCGUUUCGGGCCCACCGGGACCACCGGGACCUCCUGGACAUUCAGGAGAAAAAGGCGAGCUCGGUUUACCUGGACCAGCAGGAGUCGACGGACAAAAAGGACAAAAGGGCGACGUGGGUGACUCUGGCCCUCCUGGUGAAAGAGGGGAGAAAGGAGAAAUGGGUCUAUCCGGGCCUUCUGGUAUGGAUGGACAGAAAGGGGACAAGGGUGACUGCAGGCUGGAUGACAACCUGAUUCAGAUGAUUUCUCAGCCGGGUCCUCCAGGCCCUCCUGGCCCUCCAGGAGUCCCUGGGUCUCCAGGAUCCAUGGGUCUACAUGGGAUGCCUGGCCCUAAGGGUGAACCUGGAGUUGGGGUCAAGGGGGAGCAGGGUGAAGCCGGAGCUCCUGGAUACAAUGGACAGGACGGCCACCAGGGUCCACCUGGGUCUCCUGGGUUGGUGGGUCUUCCCGGUGCAAAAGGAGAAAAAGGCAGACCGGGAGAGCCAGGACUAGAUGGUUUUCCAGGUCUGAUGGGGGACAAAGGUGACCGAGGGGACAAAGGAGAAAAGGGUGACCGGGGGUCAGUGGGAAAGAGAGGACUGAAGGGACAGAAGGGAGAACAAGGUCCUCCAGGACUGGACCAGCCGUGUCCUGUGGGCUGUGAUGAGACUAAGGGUCUGUCUGUGAAGGCGGGGCUUUCUCCACCUGAAACUCCUCCUCUUCCUCCUUCUGGCCCCGAGGCCCCCUGUCCUGUGGGACACGAUGGGCUACCAAUACCAGGCUGCUGGCAUAAGGAGGAAAUGGCGAGGCAGAAGCUCAAACGCAAGCGUCUCUCUCAGCCUUGAGAAGGGGGUGGAGCCUGUCGGAGGAAGAGGACAGCACAGGACUGGAAAUGGGAAACCUUAAAGAGCAUACUGGCUUUUUUUCUGAAACAGAGCUUGCUAUCUUGAUGCCUCUGCGUCACACUCAGAUCGUCUGUUGUGGAAUCGGUCCAGGAGGGGGCGACAGAGCUCCACACACACCUCAGAGGGGAGGCGGGAUCUGUUGCUGAUGAUGUUGCUCUUACAGAUUUGAGUUAUUUGGGAGUCUCUGGCACAUAAGGAAGGAGUUUGCCGUGGAGAUAUGUUGGACGUGUCACAAUGAUGUUUUGUAUGACUUUAUUAAUGCAUGAUCAUCCCCGUGUUGUUUAGCAUGCAGAUUGUGUGACUCUCACCACAAUGAACAAAACAAAACAUAUUGGUUUAUUCUUUUCCAUUUUUCUCCAGUUCCAGUUUGCAUUCCUGAAAUUUUCCUUAAAUAUAAGCAGACGAUGAAUGUUAAAGGGCAGGUCUGAAGGAACCAUUUGCAGUAUUACUGAUCAAUCAUUGUAGCCUUGAGAAAUAAUCACCCUCAUCUGAUGCAUUUUGACUGAUUAUUUAGUGUUUUAACAUCAAAGGAAGGUGUGUUUGAUCUCUGCUUCCAGCCUGUUUUGGACAACAGUAGAACUUGUUGCUGCUGACUUCAAUUUGUUUUGAAACUAACAUGAAAUUUGAUUGAAACGUGUGUUUUUAUGAGUUCAUAAUUCAUUUUCACUAAGCAGCGUGCCUUAAACUUGUCAUUUGCUUUGCAUUUUAUACAAACCUUUGUAACUGCUCUCAGAAAAGUCUUUGCCUUUGUUUUUUUACCUGGGUGUUGCAACACAUUUCUCUCGGAUGGAAAAUCUGUUGGUGCUUCUUUAAUUUCAAAGCUAUUUUAUGAAACCACUUAGAAAAGGCACGCACAGAUGCAGAAUUUUAUAUAAAAAUCUGCAACAAGUGCACUUUCUGGUUGGUACUGAUAAACGUUUAUGUCAGGAUCCACAGGGAUAUUGAUGGAAGAUUAGGUAGAUUUUUAAAUAAAGGCCCUGCUGCUUUCCUUAUUCAGUGUUACUCUGAUGGAGCCUCAUGGAUUUGCUUCAGUCAUGCUGCAGAUUUCUAAUUUCUGCUGUUUUAUUGGAUUCUAUGUUUUUUAUUAUUUCAUCUUGCUAAAUAAUUUCUGUAUCAGUCUUGUUUUAAUUUAAGUUUAUUGAGGAUUUGUUUAUUAGAAAAGAGUGUUUCAGAUAUUAAGCUGAAAUCAACAAAUUCAAAAACGUACACGAUGGGUGAAACAUUUUAUUUGAACACUUGUGUAUAACUGAAGACGAUUUAAAGAUCAAGUUUUGCUGUAUUUCAGUGUCAGACGGUAGUUAUCUGUUGCAUAUCUUCAUAUGUGUUUAUUUCUUUUACAGAUUCUAUCAGCUCCUUUUUAAAAUGUUGGUUUAUUGAAGUACGUUCAUGGCACAGUGUCUGAUUGGAGUUUCACAUUGUAACAGAUCUUAAUACAACAGUAUUAGCUAAACUUUGUGUGAAUGUUUUUACUUUUGGUUGUGUUCAUUGGUUGUAAAAGAUUUAAGCUAUUUUUGUAAUUACUUGUCCAAAUAUAAAUAUAUAUGUGAAAUAAGUAAAACAAAAAAUCUGGUCCGUAAACAUGCAGACAAAAAUAAACUUUAAAGUGUUAUGGUUUCAUUUUA